UAGAGAGGCCGCACGAUGUUGAUAACUGGGGGCUUUGCAAACACACUACACACAUACAACUGAAGAUGGCGGAUGUGUUGAGUGUUCUUCGUCAGUAUAACAUCCAGAAAAAGGAGAUUGUUGCUAAAGGAGAUGAAGUUAUAUUUGGGGAGUUCUCCUGGCCGAAGAAUGUCAAGACCAACUACAUAAUCUGGGGUACUGGUAAAGAGGGGCAGCCCAAAGAGUACUAUACCUUGGACUCUAUCUUGUUCUUGCUCAACAAUGUGCACCUGCCGCAUCCAUCCUAUGUGCGAAGAGCUGCAACAGAGAACAUCCCUGUUGUCAGACGACCUGAUCGAAAGGGCUUGCUGUCAUAUCUUAAUGGCGAGAGCUCCACGUCAACGAGCAUCGACAGAAGUGCGCCCAUAGAAAUAGGUCUGCAAAGCCGGACACAAGUUAAAAGAGCAGCUGAUGAGGCAUCCUCUGAAGCCAAAAAACCAAGAGUUGAGGAUGAGGAACGUGUGCGUCUGGACAAGGAGCGUCUGGCUGCCCGUCUGGAGGGCCAUAAAGAAGGCAUCGUGCAGAUUGAACAGAUCAGAUCACUGUCUGAGGCCAUGUCUGUGGAAAAAAUUGCAGCCAUUAAAGCAAAGAUUAUGGCAAAGAAGCGUUCAACUAUCAAAACAGAUCUCGAUGAUGACAUAACACUGAAGCAGAGAAGCUUUGUGGAUGCAGAAGUGGAUGUCACCAGGGAUAUUGUUAGCAGAGAGCGGGUCUGGAGGACUAGGACAACCAUUCUCCAGAGCACUGGAAAGAACUUUUCCAAAAACAUUUUUGCCAUCCUUCAGUCCGUGAAAGCUCGAGAAGAAGGGCGAGCUCCGGAGCAGAGACCAGCACAGAACACAACUCAAGCGGACCCGUCCCUAAGGAACAAGCAACCUGUCCCAGCUGCCUAUAACAGAUACGAUCAGGAGCGAUUCAAGGGAAAAGAAGAAACGGAGGGCUUCAAGAUCGAUACUAUGGGCACGUAUCACGGCAUGACCCUGAAGUCAGUGACGGAAGGAGCAUCUGCUCGAAAGGCCCAGACCCCUGCGCUGCAGCCUGUACCUCGUCCAGUUUCACAAGCCAGACCUCCACCAAACCAGAAGAAAGGAUCCCGAACACCAAUCAUCAUCAUCCCUGCUGCCACCACCUCCCUCAUCACAAUGCUCAAUGCUAAGGAUCUCCUGCAGGAUCUGAAGUUUAUCACAUCAGAAGAGAAGAAGAAGCAGGGCAUCCCGCGGGACAAUGAGGUUCUGCUACAGAGGCGCAAAGACCAGAUCCAGCCUGGUGGCACAACACUGAGUGUCACCGUGCCGUACCGCGUCAUCGAUCAGCCGCUCAAACUGGCUCCCCAGGAUUGGGAUCGAGUGGUGGCUGUGUUCGUGCAGGGUCCUGCCUGGCAGUUCAAAGGCUGGCCGUGGCUGCUGCCCGACGGCUCUCCUGUCGACAUUUUUGCCAAAAUUCGAGCUUUUCAUUUAAAAUACGAUGAGGCAACGACUGAUCCCAAUGUGCAAAAGUGGGAUGUGACCGUCCUGGAGCUGAGCCGCCACAGACGCCAUCUGGACCGGCCCGUCUUCCUGCGCUUUUGGGAGACCCUUGACAGAUACAUGGUGAAACACAAAUCUCACCUCAGGUUCUGAGCCAGGAUCACAGCCACAGACACCGAAAAUCCCACAAAUCAAUUCGUCAGCCUUCCCCUUCUAAUUGGUCCAACUCCCUCAUCCAAGCUGCCAAUCCAUCUUCCAACAUGAUCCCCAUUUUAAGAGGAAGAGGAGGAGCGAUCAUUCCAGGGCUUCCUCCAGGACUCCUAAUGCAGUCUGCUGGAAUUGUUACUUUGGACAUCAGAAAGGAGAUUUUUGUGUUUUUGUUGUAAUUGUUUUCUAAUGUUUUCAGGUAGUUAAAGACAAAUACCAAAAUAAGUUUUAUAUAAAAGGUAACAUGCUGCGGAGAUGAUUAAAACACAGUACUAAGCAACAUGAGCUCAGAGGGAGAUGCUUGCCUUUUGUCAGCGGUAAACAGGAAAUGUGAGCGUUUUAGUCUGAUGAAAACGUGAGAAUCUCUGGGUACAACUGAGGCAAGUGCUGAGUUUGAGGAAGAGACUUUCUUUACACUUCUCUUUUUUUUUU